AACAACCGCAUUGAACGUUCCACCCUGCUGGGGAAAUUCCCUGGGAGUGCCCCGUAUUUACAGAGUCGGUGUCUUUGUGUGCGCACAGUUUUUUUCUCUAUCCUCAGUGAGUGCGGGCUAGGAAGAAUUAUGACUCGAUCAUCAGAUGUGACUAAGUAUGCUGCGAACAGGCGAGAUUAUACUAUAGACUGGCCGCAUCUGUUGGUAUUGCUGCUUGUCCCUACGUUUGUUUCGUCUGAUCCCAUUUUGAUUGAUUCCGAGUCAGUUAAGGGCAAUGAUAUCUUAGUAAUAUCCUCAUUCGGAUGGCUGACAUAUGCCAUAAGCGAAGAUAUUGGGGGCAAACAAGUAUGUCACAAAGAAGCCGCAAGUGAUAAUGCUCCACCACAAAAACCUGAUCAGCCUGAGAUGAAAGAAAAUACAGCUGGCGGUAAAAAGAAGAAAAAUGAGCAUUCACAAAUACUGUUAUUCCUGAAAAACAUUAUGCUGGCUAAAGAAUUUGGGAAGAAAACAACUGAAAAAUUGACAGAAGAGAGCACAAAAACCUUCCUACAUGUUUAUCUACAGGUUGCAAAGACAACAACAAUGAAGGCUAUUGAUGAAGGAACCAAACAAACGUUUGAAAAGGUGACACAAAAGGUUGCAGUCGGAUCAGUAACUAAAAUUGUUCAAAAGGGAACAGAGCAGACUAUUUCAGGUUUUACUAUCCGUGCUGGAGUAACAACAGGAGAAAAAAUUGUGAAAGAAGGUGCAAGGGUCACAGUACAGACUAGCACAAACUUCAGCAGCGAGAAUCACUACAUUUGGAAUGGAAAGGCAAAUUGCACACACGAGCGCCAAAGCACUCACAAACGUGAAGUCAGUUACAACUCUUGGUAAGGUGGCACAAAGGGCGAAAGACGGUGUAAAAGGAACUCUAGCAGCAA